AUGCAGCGACUGCCUGGGGCGGCAUAUCGUCACUUGGCCAAGUCUUGCAACUUCAGGGCAUUCUCCACAACCGCCCUCCAGCCCACAAAGGGCUCACACCGUGAUGCCGCGUCCAAGCAGCCAAAGGUCAUGCUCGAAGACGAAAACGCCUUCGGCUUCAUCCGCCACAACCCGCGUCCCCCAAAGCCGCGGAAAAUCGGCGUCACCGAGAUCAGAGGGCCGUACUACUCCGUGAUGGGGAAGCACUAUUUGAAGGACGUUCUCGAGACCAUGGGCCACCACAUUGACGGGCUCAAGUUCGCGGGCGGUUCAUUCUCCCUCUUCCCCGAGGACAAGCUGCGCGAGCUGAUUGAGCUUGCCCACGAGCACUGCGUUUACGUCUCUACGGGCGGUUGGAUUGAGCACAUCCUAACCCAAUCCGACCCAUCUACCGCCAUCACGCGCUACCUCGCAAAGUGCAAAGCCCUGCAGUUCGACGUCAUCGAGAUCUCGUCCGGUUUUCUCUCCCUGCCGCCCGACGACUGGCUGCGCCUGAUCGACCGCGUUCACGCCGAGGGCUUGACGGCCAAGCCCGAGAUCGGCAUCCAAUUCGGCGCCGGCGGCGACACGGACGCGGCCGAGCUGGAGGCGCUGCAGGGCCAGGGCGGCGGCGGGACGUCGGACCAGUCCAAGAUUGUCGAUCUGGCCAAGCGCUUCAUCGAGGAGGCUGGCGUGGAGCGCAUCAUGAUUGAGAGCGAAGGUAUCACGGAGAAUGUCAAGGCCUGGCGGACGGACGUGGUGCAGGCCGUCUUGGCUGGGUUGCCCAAGGAGAAGGUCAUGUUUGAGGCGGCGGAGCCCAGGGUGUUUAAUUGGUAUGUGAGGGAGUUUGGGGCGGAUGUGAAUCUGUUUGUGGACCAUUCGCAGAUUGUGCAGCUGAGCUGCUUGAGGGAGGGGAUCUGGGGGAUGAGUGACACGUUUGGGAAGGUGGUUACGUACCGGGGCUGA